CGUCGGUGUACAAACACCGUGUCAGGCAGCGACUCCACUGUUGCCAAGACACAACGCAAUCUGUUGACGAGCGCCCCGGGAAUGAACUGGGGUGUGAAUUUGGAGUGUUCCUUAACGAUGCACGUGCGGGACCGCCGUGUGACGCCUCUCAUAUCGCGACGCAACUGCCACAAACUCCAAGGUCUGGCGACUUAACAAUUAAAAAAACAAACAGACAAAGGAAGGGACAGAGAGAGAGAGCUCAAAGUUUCACCGAAAGACAGGGCUCAAAGUUCUGUGCACCCAGAAACAUAGGCUGCAUGUUCUACGCUUAAACCACAGGACUUGGUGCCCAACAAGUCGCUCGCCCCAACUGGGAGGUUGCCGCGACGUGUGUUCCGCGUCAGGCGGCCGCCCGGUGGUGCUCGCUUGCAAGACGCGCAGGUACACCUGCAAACCAAGCAGCAAGUGGAGUCUGAUAAUAUAAAAAAUAAGCAGAAUGGCAGCCCUCAACGAAACAGACAUGAGCUACGACUACUACGAGAUUGGCGUAAAGCUGCCGGAGGAGCCAGUAGCCACGCCCGAGCCACCGUGUGAACCCAAGUUCAGGGGAGACUUCCUCCACCCUUGGGUUGGCGUGGCAUCGCUCGUUUGCACACUCGGACUUUCCUUCAUUGUCAAGCGACGACAGUUUUGUAAGAAUUGCUCCAAAGGAUAUCCGGGUCUGUUGGCUCCUGUCUCUUUUCUGGAAAACAGACCCAACCGCAAGCUGUUUGCGGCAGGCUUUGGGGUCGUGCUUUGCACCUUGUGCCGAGUGGCCUUCCUGGACUCCCCCCUGCCCUUCGCCACAGGAGACAUCAAGGAGAUGCAAGAGCUGCUGAAAAUCCUCGCCUUCCUCUACUACACGCUGGUGUACUACCCACUCCUUGCGUGCGCCACGGUUCCAAGCCGCCCCUCUCACAUCCUGGGUGCCCUUUUCUCCUGGUUCCACCUGGCGACCCUCAUCUGCCACAAGAUCGAAUGUCCACGAUCUCCUACCUUACACAGCUACUACGACCUACUAUCCUCGCUCCCGCAAAUGCUGUGUCUGCUCUAUCUGAGCGUCCGAUACCCAAUUUUGUUGGUCUCAGCAUGCAAGAAGCCGGUGUAUGGCUGCCAAGAAGAGGAUUAUGAGUCACAGUACGUCAGAUGGCUGUUCAAAAGGAAAGCUCCGAAAGUCAGAAAAACAACCUCCUUUGCAUUUUCAUCGCUCAUAACUACAUAUAUGUCCUCCCAGACAGAAGGCUUUUGCUACCCGACCAAGAUGGUCAUCACAGCGCUUAUCUCUGCGAUCACCAUCUACCAGGUCGCGCUGGUGCUGGUGGUGUUGCUCGUUCCACUGUUGCAGAAGGUGCGCUCGGGCGUGUCGGUGGACAUCGUGUACCUGCUGGCCGGGUUCGGCGUUAUCCUCUCGCAGGACAACGCGGAGGCCGUGGAAAUCUUCAAGCACUUCUUAUGGGUCCUGGAAGUGUGCUACGUGGUGAGUGUGGCAGCUGCUUGCUUUAUCACCAUCUACAUGCUGCUGAGGACCUAUGCGAUGCAGAGAGAACACCUCCUGCAAAUGUACAGAGGAGACACGUCUGAGAUCAUUCCAAAAAAUCAAUCAUUACCAUCUUCAGGAUUGUCUGUGGUGUCCUGGAUGACCUACAGUGGUUUUCAAACGGCGUGCAUAUUCCUGGGGUUCGUUAUACAGGCGAUCAUCUACUAUAUCUGUUCCAUGGCGAUUGCGUUCCUGCUCAUCAUCCCUUCCAUGUACGGUCUUACGGCUGUCGCCCUCAACAUCGUUCGGAACAUGUGGCCCUUCUGGUUGAUGCUCGUGCUGGUCAUCGUGGUUCAGCAUCUUCUUGCCAGGCUCGUCUUCCUGAAGAAAUCCGAGCACCAUUCCUCUUUGGACAAUCUGCGACUUCUGUACAUCACCACAUACAUGCUGUUCUGCUACAACAUCUUCGUCGGGGUGCUGACGGGGUUUUGGAGGCUGAUCAUCACUGCCAUGUACAACACGGUCCACCUGUGCAGGAUGGACGUGAGCCUACUCAGCCAAGGAGUGGCGCUCUAUGACCCAGGCUACCGCUGCUACGUGGGCUUCCUGCAGCUGGAGGCGUCGCACGCUCACCCCGUGGUGCGCGCAUUCUGCAAGGCCCUGGUGAGGGCGACGAGUAGCAGCAGCUGCUCCGCCAGCGUCGUCCCCACGCGCGACGUGGAGGAAGCAGGAGUGCAGCUGGUGCAGCGCAGGGCUCAGGGCGUGCGGCUGCUCCGAGCCCACCAGAGCCGCAGCCGCUGGCUCGUGGCCUACACCCUCCUGCGCAACCCGUGCCUGCUGCCCCUCAAGAGGACGCCGCCGCCCGCCCAGGGGGCACACAGCACGAACACGAACGGAGGAGGCCUCACGGCCGGCGGCGAAACGGAGAAGAUGUGACCGCCGAGGUCGGCGAUGACGCGCGUCCUGUUUGAGUGUUCAUACCCGUCAGUGAUGUUGGUACUGGCACCGUUCUUAUAGCGCGACACGGUGGUAUUUGCACCGUUCGUACAGCGCUGGGCUGUCGUGAAAACCAUCUUGAUUUGAAGCUUUCGUGACUGCAGGAAUCCGUACUCUUUAGUUCUUUCGGUAAA